AUGGCUAAUCAUUUAGCUCAUCCAAGCAUGAAGGUUGGAGAUCCGGGAUUUGAAGCAUGGGAUCAAAAAGACUUAAAAAUUGUGGGUUGGAUGUGGACAAUCAUGGUUCCUGAGAUCUGUAGAACAUGUUUGUAUCUUCUUACAGCUAUAGCAAUUUUGAAAAAUUUAUAUCAGACAUUCAAGAGCAAGAGAUGCUGCACAUCUUUAUGAAUUAAAGUUAAAGAUGAUGACCAUGAGGCAAGGGGAAAAAUCAGUGACAUAAUACACUCAUGAAGUAAGAAUAUUAUGGCAAGAAUUUGAUCAAUAUAAAAUUGUUGAUAUGAGAGAUUCAUUUGAUGCAGCUUUGUAUAGAGAGGAAACAGAAAGGGAUAGAAUGUAUAACUAUCUUGUGGGACUGAACUCUAAAUAUGAUCUAAUCAGAAUUCAGAUCUUAGGAAGAGAGAAAUUACCUCCUCUCAAUGAAGUAAUCUUCCUGGUGAGAGGAGAAGAAAGUUGUCGGAACCUAAUGCUUGGUUCCUAG